AUGAAACGGAAGCACGAAGCCACCAAGGUGCUCGGCGACAUCGCCGCAGAUUUUCGCUGCUCGAUCACUGCGACGCUCAUCGCCGACCCCGUAAUCACGGCUGAUGGCCACCUCUACGAGCGGGCGGCCAUCGCCGAAUGGCUGCGCACACGCGACACGUCGCCCAAGACUGGGAAGCGACUCGACAGCAAGAUUCUCACGCCGUCGCCGACCGUGCGCUCGGCCACCGAGCGCCUCAUCGACAGCGGCCACCUGCCCGUGGAGGAGGUGCGUGAGUGGCAGACGCGCAAGGCGGCCGUGCUCAUCCGCGACGGCCGGACUGAGGACGCAAAGGCAAUGCUUCUGGACGCCAAGGCAGCGGGCGAUGCGGGCGCAGGCCUGCACCUCGGCAAGCUCUUCCUCGCGGAGGCCCGGUCACUCAUAGCCGAGGCCGAGGCGGCCGGCGUCGAGGACGCAGCAGAGACACUGCGUGCGCAUUGGCCUAGUGCCGACGUGGCGCCGCCUGGAGCAGAGCCGCUGCGCUCUGUGCGGGACGUUCGCAUCGGCCAGAGGGUCCGCGUCCUCUCGCUUGACAUCGCGCGGACGGCCAUGCAGUCGCACCCGUGCGGAUGGAACGCGCAGAUGGAAGAGUUUUGCGGCGUGCUUUCAAAGGUGCUGAAGAAGGAUGACGGCGACGGCACACUCCAGCUGUCGAACCCUGUCGCUGGCGGAAGCUGCUAUUGGUUCUCUGUCGGAUGCUGCGUGAAGCCGUGA